AUGGAUUGUAACAAUUUUCUCAAUGAUGAAGAUAUUCUUAAAGAUUAAAAUCGUAUUCAACCAUUUGUCAAUGCAAUUAUACGCAAUAAGCAUCUUUUCAAAGACAAAGUAAUAUUGGAUCUUAAUGCUGGUCUUGGAUUACUUCCUAUAUUAAUUAGUAGAUCUGGUGCUAAACAUAUAUAUGCUAUGAAAUCACAUGAUCAUGCAUAAAAGAUUCUAGAAUAAAAUAACAUAAACAAUGUUACUCUUAAUAAAAAGCCCAUAAAAGAUGUAGAAUUAGAUUGCAAAGUUGAUAUCAUUAUUUCUGCUUGGAUGGGCAACAUGCUUUUCUAUCAUGGAAACAUUUUAGAAUUAAUUGCAGCUAGAGACAAAUACCUAAAUAAGGAUGGACUCAUAUUACCAGACAAAGGUUAAUUAUAUCUUCAGUCUAUUGAAGAUGGAGAAUAUUGUGAAUAAAAAAUGACAUUUUGGUAUGCUUUCCUACCCCUAUAAUAAGGGAUUCUGUCUAUGGAGUCAAUAUGAAAUGGAUGAAACAUUGGGUUAAACAUGAGCCACUCCUUGAAAGCAUUAGAGAAAACUAAUUAAAUAGUGAUCCUGUUUUAAUAUAUGAAGUUGAUUUGUUGAAAUGCACUAUAGAAGAUCUAUCUUUUAGCAAUUCAUAUCAAAUUCAAAUCAAUCGAUAAGAUUUUAUCACCGGAGUAAUAAUAUGGAUGAAAUAUUCAUUUACUCUUACUCAUUUACCAAUCAAUGUCAUCAUGGGCCCAUCUAAAUCUCCAUUUUGGAAACCAGUAAUUUUAUAUUUCAAUGAAGAAAUACCAGCUUCUAAAGGUGAUAAAUUAAAAGGUAAUAAUCUAAAAUAAUAAUCAUAGGUUCUUUGGCAAUGAAAUUUAAUUCAGAGGAUCUAAUUGAUAUAAAAUUAUCUGUUCAUACAAAACAAUAUCAUUAGAUUUAAUAUUUUAGAUUAAAUUGA